UGACGGGACUGAGGGUGUUGGUUGUGCUGGGUGCGUUGGGGGUUGUUGGGUUGGGCGCUUGGUGUAAGUCAUGUUUGCCUUCCUCAUGAUAGUUGGUGAUGAGGGGAAGAGCAGUGAGAUCGAAGAUAGCUAACGAAAUGAGCAGCCAAGGUGAUCAUCCAUGAUAUCGAGAUCCGGGGCUCCAUUAUCCUGGACAUGGUCACCCUACCGCCCGCCAGCGAAGACGCCUGGCGAUCCUUCUUCGCCGCCGUGCUGGGAAGCCCGAUCAGAGUCUGGAUAGCCAUUGCCGCCGGCUCCUUCGUCUCCCUCGCCACAACCCUCAUCCUGCUCUCCACAACACUAGAACGCCUCCGAAUAUCCGCCGCCCUCCUCCUGCCCCUCGAAUUCCUCUCCAUGCUCGCGAGCGCCGCCUCCCUCGGCGCAACCCUCAGCCUCGAUCUAAAGCUCGAAGCGCUGCGCGCCCGCACCCUCGACGCAUCAUCCUCCCCAGACCUGCGAGGCUUCAGCAUGCUCUUCCCGCUCAUGACCGCCUACGCCACCCUCAGCGGCGCGCUGCUCUUCCUCGCGCUCUGCGCCUCCCUCGCCGCCACCCUGCACGCCUGCCACCGCGCGCGCGACUCCAAAGCCUGCAGCUUCGAGCCCACGGCCUCCGCGCUCGGUAUGGGCCAUGGGUACCAGGCCGUGCGGCCCCAGACGCUGCGCGAUGCCAUUCCCACGCUGUAUGAUCCGAAGAAGCCGAUUCCCGAGGGCAGCGUAGGUGAUGAGAAGCUGGACUUUGGGUUUGGUAGUGCGGACGAGGAGAUGGGGUUUGCGGAUAAGGGCGCGGAUAUGGGAAGUGGAGUGGGAGUGGGCGGCGUGAGUGCGGGUGUGGCGGGGAAGGCGGAGGGGGAGAUUAGUGGGCCGCUGGGGUUGGAAAGGCCGGAGAGGGUGCAGCAGAUCAGGGCUGCGAGGCCGUGGAGUGAGAUGCCGAAGCGGAAGUAGGGAGCUCUCCCUGAAUAGAAAUGUGGCUCCAGGCGGCGGUGGUGGUUGACGAGGUCCUUGUUCUCUUCUUCCUUUCAUUCAACCCACUUUUCAGCUGUUUCUACUUUUCGCCUUUUUUUUCUUUUUCUUUUGCAUAGCGCGACUGUUUAUGAAACUCAGGGAGGAACAACUGAUAGAUUGUACAAGGGGUGUGAACGCGCCGACCAAAUCGGCGCGACCUCACAAGACGUAGCAUACCAUCAAAAUCCAGACGGCGAUA